AGGGAUGAGAGGAGCAGCUAUGAGCCUGAAAGCAGCAGCGAGUGUGUUGGUUAUCUUUCUUCUCUCUCUGCCAGUGGUUAGGGGAGAGGUUGGCUGGAGAGUGACUUACCCUUCUCAUCAGAUCUGUGCCUUAAAAGGAUCAACAGUGGACAUACCCUGCACCUACACAUAUCCAUCAACAAUAAAUAAUCAAACUAAUGAAGUCCAAGACAAAUUGUGGUUUACUAAAAUUAGUUCAUCUACACAUGUGGAUCUGAAAACAGACUCAGACUACUCAGGUCGUGUGGAGUAUCAUUUCAAUGAGAGGGACUGCACUCUGAGAAUCAAAGACCUGAGAGAGAGCGACUCAGCUCAGUACAAGUUCAAGUUCACAACAAACCAACAAGGUGGAAGUUUUACUGGUGAACCUGGAGUCACUUUGACUGUCACAGACCUGCAGGUGCAAGUCAAAAGAUCAUCAGACAAGGCACAGCUGAGGUGUCACAGCAGCUGUAAUGUGGCUGACAGUCGUUCAUAUGUCUGGUACAGAAAGGGACAGAAACUGGCUGCAGAGACAUCUUCUCUUAGAGUCCGUGUUCCUGAUUCCAACAGGUAUACCUGUGCUGUUAAAGGACAUGAGGAUCACCGCUCUGCUGCAGUCUAUGCUCCAAAGACUCCCUCAGUGUCAGUGAAGUCCUACUGGUGA